GGAGAUUAAGAAAGUGGGAAAUGUGUGGUGGAGAGUUGUGCAGAGGAGAGAGAAAUGUGUAAGAAUGGUUGUGAACCACAAAUCCUUUGCUAAAAAGGGAAAGAGGAGAUAAAUUUGGGACGGACCAAAAGGGAAAGAAUGAAGAUAAUUAUGGGACGGAGGGAGUAUCAACUAUGAAAAUGACGGCUGCUUCCCUCUAUAUUCCAAAAGAAAAUCCAAAAAGGCCACGUGGAGAGGACGCCCACUUCACCCUCGUCCAACAAGGCAGAUCAACCUUGGCCGACGGGGUGGGAGGGUGGGCUGCGAAGGGCAUCGACGCCGGGAAAUUUGCGAGGGAACUGAUGAUUAACGUGACAGAAGUCUUAGAGCUCGUGCCGCCGACUACUUCGGUAAACCCUAAGCGGGUCCUAGAAAAAGCUUUCAAGAAAACCUCCUCCGCCGGGACUUCCACCGCGUGCAUCGUCACCCACGCGGCGGGGACCGACACUCUGAAGGCGGUGAACGUGGGAGACAGCGGGUUUUACGUGAUAAGAGGCGGGAAAGUGGUGUACAAAUCGCCGGUGCAGCAGAGGAGUUUCAACCACCCGUAUCAGCUGGGGAAAGACAUCAGUGAUGGGCUGACUGUGGCCCAAGAGCUUGAAGUUAAGGUGGAGAAGGGAGAUUGGGUCGUGGCCGGGACGGAUGGGCUUCUGGACAAUGUGGACGUGGCCGAGAUUGAAGAGGCUGUGGAUGAGACGUACGCCAUGGGAGGAGGGUCGAAUAUGGUGGAGAGCUUGACGUUAUUGUUGGGAAAUAUGGCUUUGAACAAUUCGUAUGAUAGGAAGAAGGAAACGCCAUUUUCAAGGGCUUCAAGAUUGGCGGGGCUGAAUUAUUCAGGUGGAAAGAUUGAUGACAUUACAGUGGUUGUGGCAUACAUAAGUUAAUUAUUUUUUUGGAUUAUGAAUUAACUUGAUUUAGGUCUUAAACAACAUAUUGUAUGAUUAUGAUUUUGAUUGUACAUAUGAAUUUGUUAUCAAUUAUUCAAUUCACGCUAUGCCCAGUUUCUAUCAUAAUCUCAUAUUUUGCAUCCAACUUACUUUCAAAACUUUCUUGUCACUUUUCA